UGCUGCCUGUGGGCUGCAACUACAUUUCGCCCACACAUGCCUGAAGAAACGGCGGCAUUUGUAUGUGUGGCGACCACGGAGCGUCAGAGAUGAUGGCAUAGCGUCUACAGCUCCCAGUGAUCAUAUUGAAUGCGCGUUCUUUAUCGCAAUCAGGGUUCAUAGAUCAAACAGUGAUCAUUCUCAGUUUUUGGUCGACCUUGCCGAGCAACAUAUUCUCGUAAUGCUGGUCUUUAAUAAAGCCGUCGUUUUUGCCCUGAUCACGAUUUUCUCCACCGUUGCAACCGCCACGUCUGCAGCAUCAGACGAGCUGAGCAAUGACGUAGAUGGUCAGGAAACCGUUUCCGCGGUUCAGGAUGAGAUUCUCCAGGAUCUUCCGUCUGAAAAGAUCGCCACAGAAUCAGAGCAUCUUGUCGGUAAGCAGGACACUGACAGACCGGUGAAUCAGAGUAAAAGCGAGGAGGAUCCAGAUGAGCUUGAUAAACUUUUCGAAGCGGGUGUCGAGUCGUAUUUGAACGAUGACUGGCAAGGGUGCAUCGACGACUUCCACAAAGCCCUCACAAGCUACAAGAUGCACAAAAAGAGGGUUGUUGAUUGCCGAAGAAAAUGCCGAGCGGAAGUGAACGACGUUGAACCAAUAUUUCCGUUCGACAUGGAAGACAUGCACUUUUUCGAGAAAAAAGUCAGGGAAACAUUGUGUUUGAUGAAAUGCAAAAAGAUUGUGAGGAAUAAGGACAAUGAUAGACAGUUGCCCGUUCACGUGGAGACCAAGUACACUAAACGUAGAGCUUACGAGUAUCUGCACAUUUGCUAUUACAAGAAAAAGCGGUACCAAGAUGCAGCAAAUGCAGUUUUCACGUUUUUGACCAUUCAUCCGACGGACAAUCAAACCUUGAGAAACAUGCAGUUCUACAUGGAUCUUCCCGAGGUUGUUCAAGAGGAUAUAGUAGAUUUGGAAACGGACCCGUUCCAAGUAAUGUACAAAGCUGGAGUGAUAGCGCAUUAUGAAGAAAAUUAUCCGGAGGUUAUUGAGCAGCUUGAAAAUUCUCUCAAGGCUUACAUGAAAGCCGAGGAGGACUGCAGAUUGUACUGCGAAGGUCCAUUUGACCAGGGAUGGCUUCCAGACUUUACCAUGUCCAUUGCGAAUCACUUUGCAUUUGGACUAAAAUGCAAGCGCAGCUGUUCCUACAUGUUAAAUAACCUCAACGGGGAGCAACGCCACGACAUGCUCAUGUCUCACUAUCAUUAUUUGCAGUUCGCAUAUUUCAAAAUUGGAAAACUUGAAGAAGCUUGUGCCGCGAUUGAAAGCUUUUUGCUUUUCAUACCGACCGAUGAGACCGUUUUGAACAACAAAAGAUAUUUUAUGGAACUACCGGAAGUCAAAGAAGAAUACUUCAAGCCACGCGAGGAAGCCGAGUCGUACGUUAAGAGGCAGGAGUACGAACUGCGUAUUCUGCUCUUCAUACAAGAACAAUUUAAAUCUGAAAAAAACUGAACAGAACAAAAUAUAGUUUACUUUUUCACACUUAAUAUUAUGCAUAC